AUGGUCUUCAUUCCUCCAUUUCUCCGCACGUCAAAACCGUCUCAUUCUCGCAGUAAGGUGCUCUCCUCACCAAGCAAUGCUUCCACAGCAUCCUUAGCACCGGCUUCCUCGACUCCGAUCACACCGGCAUCUUCUUCUUCUACCCCCUCCCCUGCUUCGCCUUCUGCCUCCUCUGCGACCGCAUCAGCCUCUACUACUCUUAUUGAAGCACUCCGCGGCAACCCAUUCGGAACCUCCAAGUCCAAGUGCCCCGCUACAAUCCGCAGCCACGAAGAAGACGAACGAGAGCGGCUGGAACUCAACAACUUCCUCCUGAUUCUAGCCGAAUUAUUUCCAGAUGUGAAGGUCGAGGUUUUUCGCGAGCUACUGCUUCGGUUUGAUGGCAAUAGCAGGUUACAAGUGUGUGUGGAGCAGCUUUUGCGGUAUCGGAAUGAGUGGGUGAAGGGGAGAUGGAAUGUCCCAGCAGCCGCAGAUGCGGGAUCGACGCCGGCUUCGAGACAAGUGGCGGCUACGGGAGAUGAGGAGACACCGUGGGCAAAGAGCGUACCGGAAGAAGAAAAGUUCAGGAGUGACUAUUACAAGAAAGCCGUGAAGGCAGUGCUAUGUCAUGAGUUCCGCUCCAUCAGUCGAAGUGCUGUUGAUGCGGUCCUGGCAGAGGUCAAUUAUUCCUACACUCGUGCGCGACCGACGCUAAAACAUCUAUCCCGCAAAACUUGGCGAGCGACAUUAGGAAAUAUUCUUUCUUUCAAGAAGACCAAGGAAAAGGAAUAUCCUCCGCUGUUGGUUUGGCAACGGCAACCAAACGGAGACGUCCUCCCUCAUCUGAAGGGAACCGGCUGUGCUGAGCUGGAUAACGAGCUGUACGAUACCCUUCUCGCACCACUGAUUGCUCAGAGGAAAGAAAAACAAGAGGACGAAGAUCACAAGUUGGCGCAUGAGCUUAAUGAAGCUGAAGCCAAGGCUGCGGAUGCACUGUACGAGUGCAGCUGCUGCCUCUCCGAUGUGGCAUUCGAACAGAUCUCAAUGUGCUCCGAGAGCUCCCAUAUCAUAUGUUUUAGUUGUAUUCAACGAACUAUUCGCGAAGCACUGUUUGGCCAAGGCUGGGGCAAUUCAAUUCACAAUGAGAAAUCGACCCUCCGCUGUUUAGCUCCCUUACCCGAUGGCAUUUGUGGUGGGGUGCUAGACGGGCUGCUUGUCAAACAAGCUAUUUUAGCCGAUAAAGCUGGCUCCGAAACAUAUCAGAAAUUCGAAACUCGACUUGCCGAAGAAGCUCUAUUUAAAUCGCAGCUCAAACUUAUCCGAUGCCCCUCUUGUUCCUAUGCUGAAUAUGACCCCAUCUACCAUCCUUCCUCAAGAGUGCAUCAAUACGAAACCUUUGUCUACGAAGCCGAAACCAACGGUUUACUUGCUCAAACCCCGCAUGUGGACGUUGCAGCUGCCGUACUUGCCCCCGAUGUGGAUUGUCUUUCGUCAAAUCCUCAGGUUGCAACAAACUCACAUGCCCUUGGUCCGCCGCUGACGCGGCCGGGACUCGAGAUUCUUCCUGGCGGACGUCCACUUCGAGGCCAGGAGAAUCUCGCUCUUAUGGAUGGCGCAGUUGAUGGUCCGGCUGACCUUGACGGGGAUUCAGACGAAGACGUGCCUGAAGAUGAAGAAGGCGAGGGAUAUAAGCAUUUUUGUGAACACUUUCGCAUUAACCCCGGUUCUCGCUGCACCGAAUGCAAUAAAUGCGACCUGUACAUGGCGGAAGACGAAGAGGCAGUGGCUCAACGUGCUGGAGAGAAAGCGGAGCGUGAAUGGAGACAUCGCCAAGGGAUUAGCACCAACCUUUCACCACAUCGUGCUGGCUACUUGAACGUACAGUCGUACGAUCAUCGGAACGGCAAUUCAAGGGUUCAUUCUCGAGGCAUAUCUGCUCCCUGGGAUUGGGACUGGAAGUUUGAUUCUGAGGAUUGGAAAGGACGAUAUCGCUUCUGGGCGCAAGAUGUAUGGCGAGAUGGAAGAUGGAAAAGAGAGGCGCAGUACUUGGUUGAUAGAAUGGUGGAGAUCUUGAUCGUUGUUGAAACUUGA